GUGCUGCGCACUAAAGAUACAACCGUAUUGCUGCAAAGUGUCGCUGAGGAGAGUUGCCUGCACCGAUUGCUGGUUGUGAGCGAUAUACUCACAUCAUUGCAUAUGACACCGCAAGAAAUCGCAGAGCUACUGGCCUCAGAAUUGACCACCGCCAUUGUACGUCCGCGCUUCUACAUUUUCACCGCCGAUCAGCAAUCUAAGAACGCUAUCAAGAAUGCGCCCGUUUGGGGCUACAACAUUGAUCGUGAUCUACAUCUUUUCCUUGAGUUGGUGCCCAACACAACUAAGCUAGGCAAUUGCUUACUGGAAUACUGUGACGCACUCAAAGCAUAUCGUAAAUUUCAAGACAAUAAACCCUACGAGCAUAAUACGGUCUUUGAGCGCCUUGCCGAAAUCAUACGUCGUUAUGGGCUACCAACUAAUAGCGGCUCCCAAAUAAACGCUUCCAUUCCACCGAUUACUACCGCCUCGACCGGAGGUGGUCCAAAGCUGCCACCGGCGCAGGUGUUGUCACACAAGAAGCAAAACAUCAUAUAUGUGGAGUUACUGAUCAAGGCACAUCAAUGUUACGUACAGGAAUGCUCCAUGGAGGGCAUAGCAAAUGUGUUGAAUCGCGCCAAAGCACUAAAUGCCGUGCUCACGCAGGCCAAAUCUUGGUCGCUAAUUGUGCGCAUGCUCAGCGGCAUAGGACGCUAUCGCGAAAUGUUCUACUGCUUUGAUUCGCUGCUGAAGAAUGAACAAUUUGAAUCAUUACUGGGACAAUUCGAUGAAGAAAAAACGAUAGGGCUACGACAAGCCAUAAUCACAUAUUUGCGCGAAUAUUGUCCAAACAACGGGCGCGAAUAUUUGAAGCUGACGGCGUUGCAUUUUCUUAUGUAUCAGGAGCUGGCCGAAAUGUGGGAGCAAGAUGCACAAGCAGUGCUAGCAAAGGUGCUUAAUCUGUCGGCGGUGGGUAGCGCACAGCUACCUGAAAAAUUGUCCAUGGCCAAUUUGACGUCUGCAAAUCCAACGAAAACGUUCAUUCCCAAACUUCGUUGCACACCGGAUUUGCUCACAUUGCUACAGCAGGCAUUGGAGUUUUACACACAUGCCACCGAAAAUUAUUUGCUCGACAAUAAACUGCUGCUGGCACAACGUGUCGCAUCGUUGGCGGAAAUGAUGGCCAUGCAGAUUGAUUUGGCCAACAAGGCUCUAGAUCGUAAUGCACCGGAGCCGCAUCUAUGCGUUUGUGUGGUGAACGUACAGACGCGAGACGAAUUUCGUGAACUCAUCAAUGCGGAGCUGAGUGUACCGCAGGCCCUAAUACUCAGCCGUGCUUGUGGCUACGACAUAAAUUGGUCGGAAGUGCUGCUCUCGCAAUAUAUUAUACUUGGACAUACGAAUUAUCUUCAAGAAUAUUUACAAUAUCUUCAAGUCAGCGACAAUAUAAUUGACAAUACCGUUAAGGGUUUUCAACUUUAUGCGCAACACCAUCGUAUCAGUCCUGCUAUGGAGGAGCAUCUGGCGCAACUGGUGGCUUUGGUAAAAUCUGUCACACUCAAAUAUAAAUUGGCCUCUUUGCUCAGCCUCAAACCGAUUGUAAUGUCACUGCUCAACGACCAAACAGCACAUUACUUGCGGGAUACUAACUUCGGACGCAAUGAGAGUCGCAAUUUGCAUGAUAUGUGACAUAAUGUCAGAAUAUUUAUGUAUGUGUACAUACAAAAUAUUUAAUGACUUCUCAAUGCAAUAAUACCUUUAUCAGGGCUUGUCAGUGUGUCUUUAGUUUACUAAAGUUUAUCACGGUGUGAUUUAGAUUAGGUUAUUAAUCAUAUACAUAUUCACAUAUACGUAUUAUUCAUACACUUGAUACAAAAUUGCAUAUACACAUAUGUAUGUAAUUAAAUACAUGCAUACAAUUAGAUACUUGUAAAAUUUUAUCCUCGAAUUAUUUAG